AUGACUUUCCACCCCGGCACUCUUCCCGAUCUCCAUGGCAAAGUAUUCAUAGUCACAGGCGGGAAUUCCGGCUUAGGCUACUACACCGUAGCCCACCUAGCAGAACAUGGCGCCCACGUUUAUAUGUGCACCCGAUCCCUAGAUAAGGGCGCAUCAGCCAUCACCAACAUCAAGAAAAUUCAGCCUUCAGCUCACAUCGACCUCCUGCAAAUGGACCUCAUGGACCUCAGCAGCGUCGUCGCGGCCGCCGAGCACUUCCUCACCCUCGAAACAGCCCUGCACGGCCUAGUCAACAAUGCAGGCAUCAUGGCGACGCCCUUCGAAAUGACUAAAGAUGGCCACGAGGCCCAGUGGCAAACCAACUACCUCGCACACUGGGUUUUGACGGAGCACUUGCUUCCUCUGAUCCUGCAGACCGCCAAGACACUUCCUCCAGGCAGCGUGCGCAUCGUCAAUCUCACUUCAUCGGGCCACUUAGGUGCACCCAAGGGCGGCAUCAAUUUCAAGGACCCAUCUCUCAAGGAUAGCGGCCCGUGGACGCGAUAUGGGCAGAGCAAGCUCGCCAACAUCCUGCACGCGAAGGUCCUACACAAAACUUACGGCCCCGGAUCUCCCAGAGCGCGGAGCGGGGAGGGCGAGAUUUGGGUUUCGUCUGUGCAUCCAGGCCUAGUUGAGACGAACCUCGCCACGUCGGUGGAGAGCUCUGGGUCGGGCAUAGUGAGUGUUUUCUUGGUUUUACGCAUGCUGGGAUUGAUGUGGCCUGCCGAUAAGGGCUCAUGGACGACUUUGUUCUGUGCGGCAAGUCGGGAUAUGAAGGCGGAGCAAAGCGGUACAUAUUUCGAACUUUUCCGGCGCUUUGGGGAGCCGAGGUGGCAGAGCAGUAUGGCGAAGGAUGGGAAGCUUGUAGUAAGGUUAGAGGAGUGGACUAGGGGGGUGAUGAGGAAGGAAGGGUGGAGUCGGUAA